AUGGAUCAGAAGCUCAAACACUUUCUUGACAACUCAAACUUCCGAAAGGACAGAAGAGGCAAGAAAAAGAAAGUUGAAGUGUCAGGAGGAAAGAGCGAAGAAAGACAGGAGGAAAUCCUGAUGAUCAAAGACGGGGAGAUUGUUGUCAAUGAUGCAAACAUGUAUGUGGACACACACAAGGAUAUGGAAAUGGAGGUGAUGGAAGACGAUAGGAUUGUGACAUCGUCGACGUUUAGUAAGAAGAAGGGGGCAUUGAGGUGGAGCAAGAAGGAGAUAGAGUUGUUCUACAAGGCACUGGAGAUAUGUGGAAUCGAGUUUUCGCUGAUAAGCUCAUUAUUCCCGAAUAAGGAGAGGAAACAUAUAAAAGCAAAGUACAUAAAAGAAGCCAAGGUCAAUCCAGAAAGAAUCAAUGAGGUGUUGAACGAAUACAAAACGUUUGACCAGGUAGCCUACAACAAGCUCAGAAGCUAUCUUCUUGAAUAA